AUGGAGAGCCCUCGACAGUCCGAUGCAAGCACUCCUGUGGAGCCUUGCUCCCCUGGUUGCGUUGACACGCCGGCGACGCAAUCUUCCGUGUUGUUUGAUGGCAACCUUGAAGAGUUGCUGCGCAACUUUCCCCUCGAUCAGUACAUCCUCGUCACAGGGGGUCUCGGGUUCAUCGGCAGUCACACAACAUUGGAGCUACUCAAAGCCGGCUAUAAUGUAAUUGUGAUCGACAAUCUCAGCAACUCUUUCCAGAGCGUCUUCGACCGCAUCAGACAACUGGCCGCAAAGUACCAUGACCAGGAGGGGACAUGCAUGCCGUCAUUGCAGCUCCACGCCCAUGAUUUCCGGGAUAUUGCUGCUCUUAGAGGCCUUCUUGAGCAGUAUCAGAUCCAAUCCAGAUGGGGAACUCCCAAGUCCAGAAUUGGUGGCGUCAUCCACUUUGCUGCUUAUAAGGCUGUGGAAGAGAGUAUCAGGAACCCCUUGAAGUAUUACGCGAACAAUGUUAGUGGUCUUAUCGACUUUGCCACAACUUUGGGAGAAUUUGGAAUUAAAACAUUCAUUUUCUCCUCCUCCGCCACGGUGUACGGAACCUUGGCAACUUCGGGUCUUCCCUUAAAGGAAGAACUCUGUACCGUUAAACCUGGCUGCACGGGUAUUACGAACCCGUAUGGGCGCACCAAAUGGAUCUGCGAAGCCAUAUUAGCGGACCUUGCGGCUUCUGAUCCAGAAUGGACCAUUGUAGCCCUACGCUAUUUCAACCCUAUAGGAUGUGACGAAUCUGGCCUUUUGGGAGAGGAUCCCAGGCAGACGCCCACGAACCUUCUCCCGGUUGUGGUAAAAGUCAUGACCGGACAAUAUAAGGAGCUGCAGAUGUUUGGCACGGACUGGGACACUGAGGAUGGCACUGCAGUUCGCGAUUUCAUCCAUGUCACCGAUCUUGCUAGGGGACAUAUUGCUGCGCUCAACGCCGCCAACGGUGGAAAGCUGGUUGAGAACUUUCGUACCUUCAACCUGGGCACCGGACGGGGUCACUCUGUGAUGGAGGUGGUCAACACAAUGGAAGCAGUGUCUUCCAAACCUAUUCCCAGAAAAGCUGCAGGUCGUCGCGCUGGAGAUGUUGGCUCUUGCGUCGCUGUCGCCACAAGAUCCCAGGACGAGCUCGAAUGGAAGACCGAAAAAUCUCUGAAGGAUGCUUGCGUGAGCCUAUGCAAUUUCCUCAAUGUCAGCGGCCUGUCCUCUUAG